UUAAGUAAAUGGAAACAGCAUUUGUACCCUGGUCCAAAUGCGUCAGUGACUCUGGAUCCCGUAUGGGGGAGGGAGAUAAAAUACUCCAGAGAGGUUUCUCUGUUCACUGAUUUUUUUUUUCUGUACCCCUCUAUUGAUCAGUGAUCAGUUUCAUCCAGGGAGUUAGUUUUUCCUCCUCCAAUCUUCAUCCUACUCAGCAUUACCAAUAGGGUGGUUGGUGGUGCUAUCCAGAAAUACAAGAAAAGGGAUUGACUGUGUAAUGCUGAUGCACUGAGUCACAGGCAGACCGUAAGACAUCAGGGGAUUCCCCUUGCAGACUCUGUACUCGCAGUGUAGGCAAACUCUUCUUUGGUGCUUUAGGUGCUGAGCUCAGGAUGCAAAUCUGCAGAGGACGACUGCUGGGGAUCUCAGUGGCUGUAGCGCAUGGGAUCUUCUCUGGCUCUCUAAACAUAUUACUGAAGUUUCUUAUUAGUAGGUACCAAUUCUCCUUCCUGACUCUGGUGCAAUGUAUGACCAGUUCCAUUGCAGCAAUUACCUUAGAAGUGCUAAGACGCUGGGGGAAGAUCUCAGUCCCACCAUAUGGGUUGAGCUUGGCUCGGAUGUUUAUUGGGGUGACAAUACUUUCCACCCUACAGUCCAGUCUGACCUUGUGGUCCUUAAGGGGUCUCAGCCUGCCUAUGUACGUGGUCUUCAAGCGAUGCCUGCCCUUGGUAACCCUGCUGAUUGGAGUGCUGGUCCUGAGGAACGGGUUACCUUCCAUAGGGGUCCUGGUAGCCGUAUUCAUCACCACUUGCGGUGCUGCAUUGGCAGGAGCUGGUGAUCUGAGUGGUGAGACCGUAGGAUACAUUACUGGAGUGUUGGCUGUGUUAGUACAUGCUGCUUAUCUAGUAAUCAUUCAGAAGACAAGUAUUGAUAGUGACCAUGGACCUCUCACAGCCCAGUACAUCAUUGCUGUUACAGCCACCCCUCUGCUGAUUAUAUUCUCUUUUGCCAGCAUGGACCUUAUUAAUGCUUGGUCUUUCCCUGGUUGGAAGGAUCCAACUAUGGUAUGCACAUUUAUUGCAUGUACUCUUAUUGGUUGUGCCAUGAAUUUUACCACACUUCACUGCACCUACAUAAACUCUGCUGUCACUACCAGCUUCGUUGGUGUGGUCAAGAGCAUUGCCACUAUUACUGUCGGCAUGCUGGCUUUCAGCGAUGUCGCACCCACUUCACUUUUUAUUGCAGGAGUGGUUGUCAACACUUUUGGUUCUGUAAUCUAUUGUGUAGCCAAAUAUAUUGAGACUAAAAGGCAGAUCAACUAUGAAGAUCUGGAAAAGGAGGCUACUAAGGAAGGCAAACUAGAGCAUACUGGAGAACAACCCCCAUUUGUAAUGGAAGAGAUUUCACAGGACAACAUUAUUGAAAGGCAAGCAGAUGAAAAACCACCUACUGUCUGUCCGACUGAAGAAAUUGAGUCUGAGAAUUCACUGAAGGCAGUUUUGCAAUCCCAUGAGCCAGUAGGAUCUUACCCUAAUGGAGAUAAUAGGGGUUCUUUAAGGGAUGCAUAUCUUGGUGUAUGGAGGAUGGUGAGGGGCGUAAGAUUUUUGAAGAAAGAUUACCUGAUAGAGAAUGAGGAACUGCCAAGUCCAUAAUUGUAAAGUGGAUGUUAAUUGUUGAUAAUGAGAAUAACUAACUUUUUAUGCUAAGAGGCGUGAAAAAUAAGUAUUCAUGAAAAUGGUCUGUCAUAUAAACUCCAUUCAUUUGUAAAAGUAUUUCAUUUGACUUAAAUUUGAAUUUUCUAACUGUUAUAAAGAUCAUAGUCUUAUACAUUUCAUCAUGAGUUUUAAUCUAAGUUAAUUGAAAAAUAUGCAACAAUCAAAUUUUAAACAUCUUACGUACUAUGAAGGAAGGAGAUGCAUGAUCACCAAAACAAUCAUUUAUUUAACUGAUUGAUGAAGAUUUUUGUAAGGUUCCAACAAUUGUACUUGAUUGCUUUUUAUGAUCCCCUUCACAUUUAAAUUACAUUUCUCAGUUGUAUUAUACUUUUACUGUUUUUAAGAAACUUGUUUACUGCUU